CUAAUAAAAUAGUAGUCAGUUUGUGUUUUGCUACAUUCUACGUCGUCGAGCUUACUGCAACGCAAGUCCUCGUAUUGUUGACAGAAUGACGUCCACGGCAACCGUCUCAGCUGGGCGGGCAUCCAAUGAAAUCGGAUUGGUCUGCGAGUCAGAAUUCAGACAGUAUCCAUGGUAUCAUCAGUACUCUGGCGAGGAGAAAACUUGGGUGGUGGUCAGCGUUCAAGCGCCUCGGUGCCAGGAGGAUGAAGACAACAAAAUCAGUGGGACGUUUCGGGCACCGCUGGAGUUAGUCGCCGUGAUUGAUAUAAGUACUGGCAUGGGGAGGCGAGAUAAACUUGACAUGGUGAAGGAAACUAUGCACUUCGUCAUCCGACAAUUGAAUGAACACGACAAGCUGGGGAUCGUGGUUUACGACGAGGAAGUGACAUCAACUGGUUCACUCUGGAGGAUGGAUGCGAGCGGGAAAGCCGAAGCAACCUCUCUCAUUGAGCUCUUGCAUACAAAAAUAGGCACAAAUAUAUGUGGAGGACUUGUGGAAGGGUUGGCCAUAAUUGAAAAUCUGCAGAAAGAAAAUUCCAGUGGAGAGACAAAUGCCGAAAAGAAGAAGAAAUCUGUGUCGUCUAUUCUUCUGAUGACGGAUGGUGAGGUCGAUGCGGGCUACAUCUCAGAGCAAGGAAUAAUGUCUUGCUUAACACAGCGAGGCCGCCGUGGCUUGUAUCCUUCUGGCAACUACCGUGCUCAUAACAUUUUCACGGCUCCAACACCAGAACAGACAGUACCACCUCCAUCUCCACCAUCACCAGAACCGACAGUACCACUUCCAUCUCCACCAUCACCACAACACUGCCCAUCACAACUGCCAACUCUAUCACCAGCAGCAUUAAAUCCACCACUACAACCAUCUCCACAGGUAGCGUCGGCACCAGCAACAACACCUGUAGUAGCCUCUACAAUAGCUAAUUCUACUGAACUUAGUGACAUUGUGGCUGCAAGUAUUUACACCUUUAGCUUUGGUGCUGAUAACAAUGCCGAGUUGUUGCAAGCAGUGAGUAAGGCUGGUAAUGGAAUGUACUACUACAUUGACUCUUCGGAGAAGAUUCCAGAGUCAUUUGCCGACUGCUUGGGUGGAUUGCUUAGCACAGUUGUGCGUUAUAUAUCCCUGGAAGUCUCGGCUGAGAACAAUUGUAACAUAAUCGCAGCUUAUGCGGGCCGAAGUACCCAAUCAAGUGGUAGUGGUGUUGCUAUUACAUUGCCACUGGCAGAUAUCCAGUCAGAAGAAUGCCGCGACUGUGUGUUCUGCUUGGAUCAGCCUGAUGUACCCAAUGAGCUUGAUGAGUUUACUAUUCUCAAGGCUAAGCUGACCUGCUUCAAUGUCAUCACAAGUAUGCUGGAGAUGAAGGAAGCGUCCCUGGAAGUACGCAGAGUCAAGCAACUUCAAGCUGGUCUCCAACCCAACCUGCAAGUUAACGAUCACUAUAACCGCAUCACAUCAGCUAAGGCCCUUAAAAGAGCUCUCUCAUGGGCAGACAAAGGAGAUAUUCCUAUGGCAAUAAACCGGCUGGAUAGGGCGCAAAGAAUCAUAGUCCGAAAGAAUGAAUUCGCCGCUUACCCACUUUCAGGAGAGCUGGAGCAUGACGGAACCAAGCAAGGUUAUGACGAGGACAGCAUAUCCCUCCCUUCAAUAUGAUGCCGGUCUGAUCAGAUGCUCAGCGUUGGCAGUAGGGCUGAUCAAGUUCCACCGCCAAUGACAUACAUGCUCCAACCUUACCAACCAGGCUGUCUAGCGGUGCGCAUCUGUUACUGUCUCAGUGUAUGUGUAAGUCUUUUGGAGGUUUCGUUAAAAAAUAAAAAAGCAUUUCGAGGACGGAUCGCUCACAAAUAAUCUACAAAGUAUAUUGUUCUGUAAUGUUCCGUAUUGUUCUGUAUUGUUUUGUGUUGUUUUGAUUAUUUAGGAAAAUGGAUUGUCUAUUCCCUCAAAUGAAUGACCUUUACCCAGGCACCUCAGAUGUGGGGUGUCUCUCAAACAAACCCCUUCAGCUCGCUUUACACUGCACUUAUUUGUGGCGUUAUUGUUUUGUCCCGUCGUUUCCGAGGCCGUAAGAGACACAAUGAAUGCAUGUUGUGCUUACAUAUACAUGUCCCAUUCCGCGCUGCAGCCCAUAGGCAUAGAGAUAACGUACUGUAGGCUGUACGUGAACAGUUAUGAACAAAUAAUCGUUGUUUGAAUUCAGAGAUCCCCACAAGUACACUGGAGUGGAAUGCA